GUUUGUGGCUGAGUGCGAGCAGCCUGCAGCCAACUUCGAGCCAGUCUCCUGCCGCUGCAGAAGGCCUUCCCACCUAAGGCCGCAAGAAUAUCGAACAGUGAUGAAUCUGCAGCAGGUGAGGUAUUGUCUAUCGAUGCUGCACAGACUGACUCAGGCCAGCUGUCCGCUGCCUAGCUGCAUACGCACGACUCCGAAUGAGAGGCCUGCUAAGUCGACUCAGCGUUAGAAAGCGCUGGCCAUUACUUUCAUCGACGACAAAGAUGGCGUUCUCUACCGAGGUCGUGCGUUGCGACCCGGCUUGCAUCUCCUUCGAUGCUGCAGGAAAGCCGGUGGUAUCAUCCCAGAAGACCUCGGAAGCGCUCUUCCGCGCAGCCAGGCUGCUCAAUGACAAGCAGACAGUAGCCUUUCCGACCGAGACGGUGUAUGGAUUGGGCGCGGAUGCAUUGGAUGCUGCGGCGUCCUCAAAAAUCUAUGCAGCCAAGGGACGUCCUCCAGACAACCCGCUGAUCGUCCAUGUCUCGUCACGCGAGAUGCUGCAGAGGCUCCUUCCCGUGUCAUACGCUAUCCCUCCCAUCUAUGAAAUCCUCAUCCGACAUUUCUGGCCCGGACCCCUCACCCUCUUGUUUCCGACCAACCCUGACGUGAUUCCUUCCCUCAUCACCGCCAACCAACCCACCGUCGCGAUCCGGAUGCCGUCCCAUCCUGUAGCACGAGCUCUCAUCGCUCUUGCGGACACCGCCGUCGCAGCACCGAGUGCGAACUCCUCUGGACGGCCAAGUCCAACUCGCGCCGAGCACGUCUUCAAGGAUCUGAACGGCAAAAUUGCACUUAUCCUCGACGGGGGUGCCUGUGAUGUUGGCUUGGAGAGUACCGUAGUGGAUGGUCUCCAUGAAGACGGGAACAUCCGAGUACUGCGUCCAGGAGGAGUGACUGUGGAGGGUAUUGAGGAAGCACUCCGCGCGGAGUUGGUGGAUAGCGCGGCUAUCCCGAGGGUCCUCGUCCACCGGCGUGACUUCCGUGAUGAGGUGAUGGAGCAGGCCCCGACUACGCCUGGGAUGAAGUAUCGACACUAUUCCCCAACUGUGCCCGUCGUCCUGCUGAAGACCUCGCUUCCGCCAUCCACGAUACAACCCCGAACAGUACAAGCCUUCUUGGACUCGAUAGUCAAGGAACGAUCUUCUGGCAAGCGGCUGAGUAUAGGCCUCAUGGCCCCGUCGGAUUCGCCGCUGCUUACGAAGAUGACUGCAUAUGACGGCGUGCAAUGGGUUCCACAUCUACUAGGACGACUAUCGGAGCCAGGGAUUUCAGCACAACGGCUGUUCGAUGGAUUACUGACUCUGGACAAUGCCGGGGUUGAUCUCAUAGUUGUAGAGGGUCUCAAGGAGGAAAAGGAAGGAUUGGCGUUUAUGAACCGAGUCAACAAGGCUGCGGGAGAGACGGUGUGGAUAGAAGAUGUCUAGGCGUAGGCCAGCACACUAGAUAGAUACGACUUACAGUAACGCCAACGUAGACAUGUAAUGCAAAGCCAAUUGUCACCGCUUUCAUCGCUGGAACAGUGGUCGUUGCUGGUUUUCCCUCC